AUGGGAGGCUGUGCGGGCAAACCCAAGGACUUGGAUCUCGACGAGGCACCUGCCCCUGUUGAAGCACCGGCCACACCUGAGAAGGAGACUGAGACCGUUCCACAGGAGAAGAAAGAUGAUGAGACUAAGGAAGAACCAUUAGUAGAACUUUCUGAACCAGCUCCAGAGGUUGCGAAAAUCGAGGAAGUGACCCCAGCAACUGAGGCAAAACCGAUUCUUGAAGAAAAUGUGCAGGUCGAGGCAGAGAAACCAGCAGAGGAGGUAGAGGUGGCCAAGGAGGAGAAAAAAGAGGUAGCAGAAACUGUUGUAGCAUCCGAGAAAUCAAAAGUCGAGGCUGCUCCUCCAAAAUCUGAGGAGAAAAGUGAAGCAUAA